CACAAUACAAAACGUGAUACGAAACGUGACGUCAGGGAGGCAACAUGGCGAAGACCGGCGCAGCAGCGGUGGAUGAAAUAAUGCGAUAUGCCGAAUAUUCCCCUAAAACAAAUAUUAGGAGUGACGCAGAGAUAGACAGACGGUUGGGAGGGACUCUAAUCGCAGUUGGCCUUGGUGUUGCUGCAGCGGGUUUUGCAGGUCGUUAUGCGUUCCAGCUGUGGAAGCCCCUGGGACAGGCUUUCUCUGAAACAGUCAAGAAGAUGCCCUCAGCAGGAUUCUCGUCUUAUUACAAAGGAGGUUUUGAGCAGAAGAUGUCGAGGCGAGAGGCAGGCCUCAUUCUGGGCGUCAGCCCAGCUGCCACAAAGACCAAAGUACGUGAGGCACAUCGGAGGAUCAUGGUCCUAAAUCACCCAGAUAAAGGCGGCUCUCCGUAUCUCGCUGCAAAGAUCAACGAGGCUAAAGACCUGAUGGAAAAGGAGACUCGGCGAUGACGCUCUGGGUCAGACUGUCAGCUCAUUAUUUCUGCUGCAUCAACAUUCACAUCAGCACCACAGCAGGACCUCCUCUGAGUUUCAUAGAAAACAAAGCAGAGGCUAUAAGUAAAGCAGAAGAAAAGACGCUGCUUUUUUACUUAUUGAAAUGAAGUGUUGAAAGGAAAUGAAUGGGUUGGAGAAGAUGUAAUGUUGCCUUCUAGUGGUUGCCGACUAAAAUGUUGCCGUGCUAGCUUAUAUUUUUUGUUCAUAGCAUUUUAAUUUGAAUGUACAUAUAUUGGCAUGUAAAGUGUUUAGUAAAGAUGUACUUAAAAACAU